AUGUGAUCAGUUCACGUGCUUUCCAGGAGUAAAUAAAAGCUGAAAGGGGCCGUUUUUACGCCCGAAUACUCUUUUGUACUCACACUAGCCGGCUGAGGUUGGGGAUCUGGAGCUGUAGAACUGAUCAAACACAUCAACAGUUGAUAAACAAGCUACCGGCAAGAUGUGGCAUGCAGCCUUCCUCCUGUUGGCUGCCAGCUUGUCAGUGAGCCUGGCCAGACCCCACCUCCACCCACUGUCUAGUGAGAUGGUCAACCACAUCAAUAAAUUGAAUACUACCUGGAAGGCUGGCCACAACUUCCAUAACGUCGAUUAUAGUUAUGUGCGCAAGCUGUGUGGUACAAUGCUGAAGGGACCCAAACUGCCAGUCAUGGUUCAAUAUGCUGGAGAUGUGAAGCUGCCAAAAGAAUUUGAUGCUAGGCAGCAGUGGCCCAACUGUCCCACUCUGAAAGAGAUCAGAGACCAGGGCUCCUGUGGAUCCUGCUGGGCGUUUGGUGCUGCAGAGGCCAUCUCUGAUCGUGUAUGUAUUCACAGCAACGGGAAGGUCAAUGUGGAGAUCUCCUCAGAGGAUCUGCUGACCUGCUGUGACAGCUGUGGCAUGGGAUGUAAUGGUGGCUACCCUUCAGCUGCCUGGGACUUCUGGGCAAGUGAAGGACUGGUCUCUGGAGGUCUCUAUGAGUCCCACAUUGGCUGCAGGCCCUACACCAUCGCCCCCUGUGAGCACCAUGUGAAUGGCAGCAGACCUCCCUGCACUGGGGAGGGUGGUGACACACCCGAGUGUGUCCGCCAGUGUGAGUCUGGAUACACACCAAGCUAUAUACAGGACAAGCACUAUGGGAAAACAUCAUACAGCGUGCCAUCAGACGAACAGCAGAUUCAGACUGAGAUCUACAAGAAUGGCCCUGUAGAGGGAGCGUUUACAGUCUAUGAGGACUUUCUUUUGUACAAGACUGGUGUUUAUCAACACGUGUCUGGUUCUGCUGUCGGUGGUCACGCCAUCAAGGUGCUGGGCUGGGGAGAGGAAAAUGGCACUCCCUACUGGCUCUGUGCCAACUCCUGGAACACUGAUUGGGGUGAUAAUGGAUACUUUAAAAUCUUGCGUGGUUCAGAUCAUUGUGGUAUUGAAUCUGAGAUUGUGGCAGGGAUUCCCAAAUAAAAACGAAGGUUUUCAGCUGUAGCAUCAUUACACUAUCACUAGAGGGCGAUGCACUCCACUGACCAGAAGACACAGCUGACAAAAUUAACUGCUUUUAGUCCUUUUUAGCUAAAGCGCGCUGAUCACUUUGCACACCGGCUUUAAAAACUAAAGCGAGGUGAAUUUGCAGAUGGGAUGUGACAGAAAAGUGCUGGAGUUGAUGUUUUCACCUCUUACACAGACAGGAGAAAUUUUAUUUUAGACAGGCAUUAGCAUUUGGUUGCUUCCAAACAGGCUAUUACUGUUGUAGAAGUGAUUAAAUUUAUUUUGCACGGGUGGCAGCAUGAAUUGUUUUAGAACAGCGCAAUGUAAUUUUGACAAAUGUGUCUAAUUUGUAAUGAUCACAGCUUUUAUAUUGAAUUUAUAAUUUCUCAGUGCUACUCCAUAAUGUCAGGACGGACUGUCACAGGUGCCAGUUAGUGUUUUUAAACUUAGUUGGAAAUUAAAUGCAGUGUAGUCUGCCUAUUAUAACUAUAAUAUUGGCGCAUAACUGUUAUGUUUUGAAAUAAAAAUCUUGAUUUCCA